AGGCACUCCACUAUAGACAUCUUGUCAAGAUGCCAUCGAUCACACAUGAGAUCAAGGCCGGUGGACCUUUCCCACCAGAGAAGGGCCGCUACUACCUCUACAUCGGCUGGUUCUGUCCGUUCGCCACGCGCACAACCAUCGCGCGCUCCUUGAAAGGACUGCAAGAUGUGCUGCCCAUCGUCGUUGUCAACAGCGUCAUGGAUCCCAAGCGCAAAAGCUGGACAUUUUCGCCAAAGCCCCUUGAAGAUCGUCCAGAGGUUGGCAUACCGGGCACCGUGCCAGAGCCGCUGCACGGCGCGCCAGAUCUCCGGGCGCUCUAUGAAAAGUCGGAGGGAUCCAUAGAUGGUCCAUAUGUUGUUCCCAUGCUGUGGGACUCCAAGACAUCAAAAGUCGUCAACAAUGAAUCAAUCUCGAUUAUGCGGCAACUCUCGACGGCCUUCAACGAAUUCCUGGGCCCCGAGAAGGCCUCGUUGAACCUUCACCCUUCUGAACUGUUCAAGCUGAUCGACGAAAACUAUGAGUCGAGCCAGCGGGACGUCUAUUCGGGCGUGUACAAGGCGGGGUUUGCAACGGAUCAAAAGGCAUACGAGGCAGCCCUUAGCCCACUUUUCGACGGUCUGGAAAGGCUCGAGGAGCUCAAAAAGCGCCACCAAGGGCCCUAUCUAUUGGGCCAGAGUUUGACAGAGCUUGAUAUUACCACGUACACAUGUCUGAUCAGAUUCGAUGUCGCUUAUGCUACCCUCUUCAAAUGCGGCCUCAAGACGAUUCGCGAUGGCUUUCCGGAAUUGCACCAGUGGCUGAGGACGCUCUACUGGACCCAUGACGCCUUCAGGGACUCAACCGACUUCGACAACAUCAAGUCGAACUACUUUUCUGGGUCUUCGAAGGCGGAACAGAUCAAUCCCACCCGCGUGGUCCCCAAGGGCCCUGUCCCAUCUAUCUUGCCUCUCCAUCUUUGAGGCUUGGUGCGCUGUGUUGCUCACUGCUGUAUUCAUUAUCGUAUUUAUCACCUUAAAAUAUUGCGUCUUUAUGGUCCCCG